AUGAGUCGCCUGGCGGGUCCCAAGCUCUCAAGGAUAUCUCUCUUCCUCCUUGUCACUAUUAUGCUUCAGGUCACAGAUGCAUCCAGUCUUUUCCUACGAUCACAGCAAGUGUGUGGAGGUAUCUCAGGCCUCCAACAAUGCGGUGGCGACCUUCCAGCCAGCUUCUGCUGUGCACAGGAUACGACCUGCACGACCGUCAAUUCCACCAUCCAAGCCGUCAUCUGCUGUCCGAAAGGCAAAGAUUGCUCAACCAUCCAGACAGUGCCCUGCGAUACCGCCCAAUACAACGCAACGCUGCACCCCGACAACCAAAUCCACUUUGCCGAUACAAAGGAUGUCGAGCUGCCUAAAUGUGGAGACUCAUGCUGCCCCCUAGGCUACAAGUGCAACAACGGCAUGUGCGUCGCCUCGAAAGACACACCUUCUUCGACCUCCCCAGUCCCAACGUCGUCGCCAACAAACCCAGCCUCUGCAUCCCAAACGUCAGGCUGUCCAGCAGACCCCCUACCCCAAGCAAACUCGUCCUUCGACGGCAAAUCCUUCGCCGCUGGCUUCUUCCCCGGCAUCAUCAUCGGAGCCCUCGGCGUCAUCCUCUUCAUCUGGCUCAUCAAGAAACGCCGCGACGCAAAAGCCUCCCGCUACUCCGGCGACUUCGGGCACGUCGCCCGCACUAUCAGCGACCCCAUCUACGACCCCCUCCAUGCGCAACGCACAGACUUCAUCCGCCGUGGCUCCCAAUCCGUGACCUCGACGCCCAGCGUGCAGAAGAGCAUCGGCACCCGCGUCGCCGGCGGAGGCGGUCUCACCCCCAAGAUUAAGAGCAUGUGGGACCGCACGCCCAAGCUGGGAAUGGGCGUCUGGGCCGGACUCCCAGCCACGCCGACACUCCAGCCUCCGCCGGCGGCUGUGCGUGCCGGUGACCCCUUGCGUGAUCCAUAUCGCACGCCAGGCCAGACACCCUCGCCAGAGCGUACACAUUCGCGCCGACGGAAACGCAAGCACAGCAAGGCGAAGCGACCAGUAGAUACGCCAACGAGGAGUAACAGCUCCGAGACGAUCGACGUGUUAAUGCCGGCGCCUAGCUUUCUCGAACCGCCCAAGGCGCCGGGCAUGCGGGAGAACCGCAUGACAGCUGAUUCGGGACACACGACGUUUACCAAGUUGAUGGAAAGAGCAGGAUAUGGAGAGGAUAGUAGGGAAAGCGUGAGAAAUUUCAUGCCAACGCCUAAUCACGCGCGGUGA